ACAUCAUCAUCAUCAUCACCACUGCCAGCCUUACAAUUUGACGAUUAUCACACCGCACAAAGGCGCAUCAUAUUGUGUCUUUCUACAAUAGUUUAUCUUUUUCAUCUUUAAAUCCAAACCCAGCUUCGGAUUGUUCCUAUUCACUAUUCAUCGGGUCUCUUGCCAAUAACGAGGAGCAAACGUGACUGAUUGUAGUCACACUCCUUCGUGACAAUGGCGCCGCAGAAUUCAAACCCGCCUUCCCUCCCCCCUACCGUUGAGGAAGCCUACCGCCGCAAGUGUAUUCAGCUCAAAGAGCGCACUAAGGAGAUUGAAGAAGAGGCCAAGGCCUAUCAAUUACGACUAAGCCGACUCCAGCGCCAGGUUCAGAAGCUCCGUCUUGAACGCGCAUUUCUCCUUGAGCAAGUUGCCAAGCGCACAAGCACUAAUGUUGAGGAUUCAGAGGGCAGCCCAAGCCCGCCUCCCACUCCGAAGGACAAGCCGCUCCGAACGAAGCGUGGGCAUCGGAAGCCCUCUCUGCUUCCCGUCUCUGAGCCCGGCACGAAUCCUAAUGCUACCUUCAUCAGCCAGAACUUAACGACCCUCUCACCCAGCUCCGACGCCUUCUCACACUCGCAGCUCGAUACACAAAAAGAUCACGGCCGAGGUGGAACUAAUGGCAUUGCCAAACGACCAAAGCGCCCCAGCAACGCCUUCGAGAUCUACUGUAACGACACACGACCUAUCCUCCAAGCCCAGAAUAAGGAGAAGAUCGCGGCGGGUGAAUUUCGACUUGAAGAGGAGCUCGCCAGAGGCUGGAAAGAUCUGCCUGAGAAAGAGAAGGAAGAAUUUCAAGUCCGUUACGAGCAAGAGUUAGUUCAAUACAAGGAGGCCGUCGAAGAGUUCAAACGUGGCACCAAAGACGUGACUCGUGAGCGCUCGCGCGGAAGGGACAGCCAUGCUGGUGGCAACAAAGGCUCUCGAAGUGGGGCGGGAGGACGCUCAACCCGAUUCGAGGAGGUCCAGGACGAUGAUAUGGACGAGGAUCAAGACGUCGAGAUGGCAGAGCCCGGUGACGCCGAGCCUGCAGGUGACCAGGAUACAGACCCAGAGACCGAGGUUGACGAAAACGACGGCGUGGUCGACUAGGAGUAGGUCCCUGAUGACCCGUGUUGCUUGAUGUGGCCCCAUGGCCCCGCGACCCCAUGCAACGACUCCGAACCUGAACUACCCCUAUCCCCUCCAUACACGUAAUAAUCUCGCCAGAGGAAGAAAGGCCAUUUAUAGCUCUACCUAUUUAUCUCUUAAUCUCUAGCACUAGACGGAAAACGGAGAAGGGAAAAACUGCAGUUUCUGCUCAGCGCCACGAAUGAAUUUGGGGGGACGGUCGGAUCGGGAUGACGUUCUACGAUCCUACCAAAAUAGCAGGCGUUAACGGAAAUUUUUGGACAUUGCGUGUACACUACGGAAUUAGGUAGCUAGGAAGCUGCAGGUAAUCAGUCAGGAAGGGUCUUGUUGCUUCUCGGUGGCAUAGGAUCGCUUUAAAUAUGACUUAAAUGCGUUGAGUUUCUAUGAA